CAAUCCUACUAACCGUUAACAACCAUGUCUGGCUCGAACGAGUUCACCAAGGCGCUCUUCCAAGAGCUGUAUGAAGGUGUGCCGUUCCUGGGCCCCGACGGCCCUUUGGAUGUAGCCGGCUUCGACUUUCUACCCGGUACGCACAACCUCGGGGAAGUCUCAGGGGAGUACAGACCCGACUUGGCAGGCGCAGACCUAUUGCCACCCGAGGGGUCGAAAGAGGAGGCCGAAUUGAUGCGGAUCCUGGAGGAGAGCGGCCUUUGUGGCAACCCCAGCGCGACCAACUACAGCCAAGGCUUUUCUGCCUUCACAUCCAACACCGCGUUCUCUGGUCCUGUGCCAGCAUCCGUUGAGAAUGAACGUUUCCUCCAGGUUGCCGCCGCCCCACAAGGCCUUUCACAGAUGUCGAAUUUCCCAGUGCCCGCUCCUCACCAUAUGCCAUCGACACAGAUCCUUGCGGACCGUUUUGCGAUGGCGGAUAAUACGACGCCGCUGCCAGCCAUCUCCUGCAGGAAGAGGCCGCUGGAAGAUGACGGCGCAGGAUGGUCCACCUCCAAGCGCGGGAGGUGGCAUGAUGCGAGCGCGAUGGGGCAGGUCUUCCCACCUACACAUUCAAUUUCCAAACCUUCGGCAGCGAGGGAUAUUUCCCCGCUGCCGGUUCAGUCCCGGUCUCUGUGCCAUUGUCAGCCCAAGGGCCUUGGCCGACGAUGACAUCGAGCGCGGCUUCAGCGACGCGUCAGAGUCAGAUGCAGAUGCCGUUCAUGGCCGCUGGGUACAGCGACCAAACUGUC